AUGUCGUCGUCUAACCUCCCCCCGCCGCCUGAACGACCCCCUGUCGGAUAUGACAGGGAGGAAUCACCUCCGAUUGUCGAAGAAGGAGUCGAAGAACCAUACGUAGGAGUCGAGUUGUUUGUUUCUGGCCUACCACACGCAACGAUCUACUCCGCGUCCCAUCACCUUCAGGAGAUGUUGCGCGAGCUUGAGCCUACCCACCCAAUAACCCGCUACUUUGUUGUACGCCUUGCAGAUUCCCGCCACGCUUGUGAUUAUGCCUACAUAGCGCUCGACCCGGCGCUCGCCCGCCAUCCUCGCCCUGAUCUUCUUGAACAGCUGCGAGGCAUACUUGACAACAUACCUGGUAUCCAUGCGACCUGGAGAGUUGCCACUGGGCCGGACCGCACGCGUAGGGUGGUCUUCCCUAUGGACAAUAAGGACCAGGCGACACGCAUGCUGGACAGGGUGCGAGAAUGGCUCACUGAUCGCGGACAUGAGUACCAACUCUCCUAUGCCAGUUGCCCGUCAGGCGCCUGGCGACUCACCUUUGACCUCCUUGACUCUGAGGUUGUACAGUCCCUGCUUAUCAACCCACCAGUUAUUGAUCGCCAUGCGCUUACUGUUUCGCGACCACGGUUCAUUACCCCUAUAUACGGACUCGAGGUAGCUGUCAUGGGCCUGCAGGAUCUUCAGGGAGUACGUGCUCGCAUUGACCGCUUCAUUUACCAGCGAUACGGACAGGGGGCCCUCAUUUGUAGUCGCAUGGCUAUGAAUGGGGAUGUUUAUACGGCAGUCCUGAGAGAUUGGGAAGUCACCUCCCACUUUACCUCGGACCCGUUUGACCUCUUCACUGACCACCCCCUCUCCCGCAUCGUCUCGGCCUCACGACCCCUCCUCCUCUUCCUUCUCAACACCUACGGCGUUCCCGCUAACGCCGCCGUAAUACAAGGCCAGGCACUCUCUUCCGCUGACUCUCGCAACCAUCAGGCCCAACUCGAUGCACUACGACAGCAGGGAACAGAGGCUGUUCGGAUGUACAACGAGAUGUUCCAGCGUCAGCAACGCAUGCUCGAUACUUUGGCGGUCAACUCAAACCAGAUCAUGUCCACGCUGACGUCCAUUGCAACCACCUCUUCUCUUAACUGCCGUCUCAUUGGUGCCCAGUCCACACUCAGUGGCCUGCGUGAGCGACACGAUCUCAUGCAGGAUGUUCUCGUUUUCACACCAGAGCAAACACGUCCUGUACUAGCACAACGCAUCCAAGGCAUUGAACAUCGGAUUGAUGAAGAAAAGGAAACUGUAGCUAAGAUCCAGCUCUCCCUUGAGAAGCACGAGGCCCACACGUUCUCGCUACUACCGCCAGGUGAUACUUCAGCACCUGGCCCUCUUCCCCUCGGCCCGCCGCGUUCCCAGAGUCCUCCACCACGAGCGUUAUCUCCGUCCGCCCCCCCUUCGGUCCCGAUCCCUGCCACAGCCCCCACACCACCUGUGUCUUCCGCCUCCUUCCCGCUUUCAUUGCCUACACAGCAGAUGCCACCGUCUCGCCUACCCACAGACCUCCCUCACAAGCGUCCUUUCCCAGAUGAUGAUGAUUAUCUCAACCCGCCUUCUCGGCGGCAACAUGACGAUGAUGACCGAAUGGAUGAACUGGUACGUUCCCCACAGUGCAUGUAUACUUCUUGCGGGUCCCUCACUCCCCCGCGCAGUGAGGAAACGGAUCGCUCGCAGUCAUCUGUGUCCCUUUCUCUACAGUCACCCCAUUUGCGUCAAAAGCCCCGCAGUGCGCAGGUGGAGUGCACGUCCAUUUCAUCAUCCUGCUUAAGUUUCAACGACUCUCUUUCUCCUUCCUGUCUCAUAGACACAGCGAGCCUGCCUCCCCACCUGAUUAAUUACCUUCUCUUCGUAUUCUCUACUACCUGUGAUUGGAUCGUUUCCCUCUUGUACUUUCUAUCCCUCCUCCCCUUUCUCUUGCUACAUCUCCGUGGCUCCAGUCGCUUCCUUAUUGUGCUGCUUUUCACAUUCCUCUUUGUAAUACCUGCGGUUACGGCGGCGUCAACAUUUAAUAUAUUCGCUGUAAAUGCCAACGGCUUAGCGAAUGUUUCCAAACAAGCCGCAAUCGCCUCCGUAAUUUCCUCCCAGCGCCCCCACGCAUGGGUGAUCAACGAGACCAAGUCAUCCUCCCCCUUGGCCUCGCGCAUUAGGGCUGGCGACUACACCACCCACGAAUCUCUCGGUGUUCCCGUCGGUGCCCACUCCCACCACGGGAAAUGGGGAGUUAUUGUUGGAGUCCGCAAAGUGCUACACACUAAACGCGUCACAACGCAUGAUUCUCUACAGGGCCGUGCAGUUGCACUCGACAUCGUCAUCCCAACCACCAGUGGGCAUGGAUUUACACACCGCCUCAUCGCCAUUUAUGCUCCUUGGGAUCCCGGCGGGUCCGAAACUGACAAUGCCUUCUGGAGCCGCAUCGCGGAUCUAUGUUCUACUGCACCGUUCUCUUGGACGGUGGUUGGGGACUGCAAUGCGACACUGACACUCUCCGAGUCGUCCUCUGCUAACCUUCGUAUAUCGGCCGCUUCUUCACAAUAUCGCACGUUCCUGAACACCUCCCAUGGGGUUGAUCUAUGGUCCCAACGCGAUGACGCUGACGCCUCUUCCAUGUAUACUUUCCACAGCAACAACGGUCUCUCAAUUAUUGACAGAGUCGCUCACUCCUCUGUUGGUAUUCUCACUGGCCUUGUGCAAACCUCCAACGUCUUCGUACCGGCUACAGACCAUCGGCCAAUUACCGCUUCCCUUGCGCUGAGCCCUCCCCCACGAUUCGGUCCCACAUCCUCUACAAAGAUCCCGUCCUUGCUUCCUUACACUGAAUUCCCCGCGCGAUUUCUCUACCCCAAGCGGUCUGAGAAACAUCGGUUUGAUACCUUCGCGGAAACGGUUGACAGGCUUGUCCGCGAGUGUGACCUCCACAACAUUCCCAUCACGGAUGAAUCCUCUUUCCAGCUCCGGUACCAAUCCUUCACAGAGAUUCUUCACAGUGCCGCACAAUGCGCCUUCGAUGUUCCCCAUCGUCACUCUUCUGGUGAUGCACGCCGUGUCUCCAAUCCCGACAUCCGCCAGGUCAUGCUUGAACUACGACGUAUUGGGCGCCUCAUCUAUGCAACAAGGCAGCACUCCCUGCAGCACCUUGCGCAAGCGCAUACUUGGGUUCACACCUACCUCGAUGACUUCUACUCCACCUCAAACCCCUCCUCCGAUGUCCCAUUUCAUACUGCCUUCCUCACCUUCCUAACUGCCACACGCAAAGCUCUUCAUCGCGUACGGUAUCAUCUUGAGCAUCUUGAACUCCAUCGCCGUGCUGUCCAAUCCGGACGGGCACGUAUUAAUGCGGUCCUUCUCGGCGGAUCUAGUAAACGCCUAUAUCCUCAUGCUCAUGAGAUAUCCGGACCGCCCUUGGCAAUUACUGAUCCUCAACAAGGCGAUGCCUUCAUCACUGACCCCCAGAUGGUGAAGGAUGCGACCACAUCCUACUUCCGACAUCUUUUCUCUCGUCGUCCCCGACAAUAUCCGGAACCUGACAAGCCCUGGCUGAAUACACCCUCCGUGCUACAGAUCCGUGAACGCACUGCCUCUGACCCAUUCUCCUGGCCUUCUCCUAUGACCCUCCUUACUCUCCGCUCCACUCUGCGCAAAGGCAAACCUCGCCCCGCUCCCGGGCCUGACCAGUGGGAGAAAUGGAUGGUGAAGGCCCUUCACGACUUCUCUCUCGCUAUCGUACUCGACCUCCUUAAUUAUGAGAUAUCCACAUCGUCCAUUCCAUCUUGCGUCAAGCCCUGUACUCUCUCCACCAUAUACAAGUGUGGCGUCCCCUCCGAUCUUGUGAACUACCGUGGGGUUUGCUGCAACAACUUUCUCCUUAACACCCCAUUCGCCUGGCUCAACUCCCUCCUCGUUCCAUAUCUGGCUAAACACUCGGUUUUACCAUAUGGGCAGGUCGCCACGCAACCUGGCGUACAGGCCCGAGACCUUACCUCCUUUCUGGCCCACCUCGAGGCCUGGUCCAACCGUACUUCCACCCCAGUCUAUAUUCUCAGACGUGAUCAGACAAAGGGGUUUGACCACUUGGAACCACAGGGAUUCUACGACGCAGUCCACGCAUAUGGACUUCCCCCGUCACUAAUCACAUUCGACCAGUCCGCACAGACCGAUGUCCCUUAUCGAGUCAAGACCGCCUACGGUCUCACUGCUCCAAUUGUCAUCUCGGGAGUUACCAAGCAAGGGGGCCCCCUUUCGGGGCUCAAGUCGACCCUGACAACAAGUAUGGGCAACCACUGGCUCACAGACUCCGUACACAGACGAACCGAUGUCGUUCGUGUCACUACUUGUCACAAUCGACUGGCCGAACACCAUACUCCGCUUGACUCAUCCCUUCUCAAGCCCGUUAUGGUCGAGGCUACCGACGACUCAGCGAUACUCUCGCGAUCAGCAUUGGGAUUGCAAGCAUCUUGCCUUAUGAUGGAGCGCUUCCAGGCCACCUACGGAUGGUUCACGAAUUGGGUCAAGUCCCUCGUCACCAUCCUCAAUGUUCUGAGCCCCCCUCCCACUCUCUCUUUCCCAUCCGUCCUGCCUGAUCGCCCACAUAGUGGAGAUGUUGUGUAUCACACCCUUCCUGUCUCUACAUCGCACUUCGAAUUCCUUCGCACCUCCAUCAAUGACCCGGAUCACCAGUACCGCCGCAUUCUCGACAUUGUCUCCUCUUUCCAGCUUCCCACACUUACGAUUCGCCUCCCAAUUACUGUGAUCCGACGGAUCUUUGUCCAAUGCCUCAUUGCUCGCAUCCGUCCUCUUCUAUCCUUCCAACCCAUCUCCCGAACACAUGCCCUAGACAUUGAUCACCAGAUUGCUCAUCGAGUUCACGACUACUUCCACUUUCCCUUUCAUUUCAACUCUUCCCUCUUAACUACACCACUCGACCAGUUUGGCUUCGACUUUCCAUCUGUCUCCCACCUGAAUGAUGCCCUCGCGGUCUCCGGACUUCUACGUGACCUUAAUCAUCACGUCCCGGCAUUCCGCGUCAUGGCACAGAUCACCCUCGCCGACUGGACGUGUCUCAUUAAUGGCUGCCGCGACCCUCUACAAGACCCUUCUGCCGACUCUCUGUUUCUUCAUCAGCGACACCACCUCCCCUUUUCGUGCAUACUCGCCCAUUCCGUUCUCGCUGACCAGCACAUUUCCAUCCGCGACACGGAUCAAUCCUUCUUAUUCCAUAAUCACGUCUCUCUACAACACCUCUCGCGUGCGAUAACUCCGCGCUCAUCACACCCCCUCUCACAUUACCUUAUCCGUUCUCUGUCUUCCAUCGGCCUCACCUCCCUCGCCCAACUUGGUCAAUGGUCCCUUCGCCCAGAUACAGAUGCCUCCUUCCAAGCGAACGAUCUCGUCGAUCGUGUUACUGCAUCAUCCCCUACGGUGAACAAGUAUUGGACGUUGCUCAAAACCUGGCUUACAAAUCUCCCAUUCUCGCGCUUCGUAUCACUUCUUACCUCAUCCAACUGCCACUCCCUUUACAUUCCUGAUUUUUCCUCAUGGACCCUUGCUCUACCCCGGCCUGUCCGACAGCGCAAUGCUCACGAAACGCUUCGCGCUCUUGCCCUUGCCUCUCCGCACCACCUCACGACUCCGUCCGCCUCCUUACUCGCUUCUGAUGCAUCUAUGAUCCCCGCCAACCCCUCCUUUCGCUGCCCUCGAAUGGUCAAUUUCGCCGCAGUAAAUCACACCUCCUCACUUGUCGCCUCCUUAGCCAGUUUCCGCGCAUCCUCCACCACUACCCACGGCGAGAUCUACGGUAUGAUUACUGCCCUAAUUACUGCUCAACCCCCUGUCGGCACCAGCCCCCCUCGAGAUCCCUCCCUCUCUUCUCCAACCCUAACGCCUAUGCUGGUCACCGAUCAUCUCAACUCCGUACGGCUUAUCAAUGACUCUCUCGAGGCCCCCUUACUCCCGCAUCAAUGGUCAUCCCUUCCAGCACGCUCACUUUACCGUUGGCUUCGCGACAUUCUCUUACACACAACACACCGCUCUCCCGUUGUUCACGCACCCGCCCACACUACGUCGACAUCACCAACAUCCCUCGCCAAUCGAUCCGCUGACACCCUUGCUUCCGCAUCCCAACGUUUCCUCCUUCCGCCUCCUCCCGCGCCGCUUCCCACAUUCUUCAUGGAUCGCUACACCCUCUAUUCUCCCAUCGACGGUUACAUCGAGUCCAACAUUCCUUCCUAUAUCACUCAAGCUAUCGUUUACACAGAUUGCUCUCGUGCUGCAUCCCGACCUUACCAUACCUUAUCCCUCGCGUUGUACGACAACCACUGUCCUCCUGAUCACCCGUACACCCGUGCUUCAUCAGCCUUCUCUGCCCUCGUGCAGCUCUAUGCACGCUCUGCACAGCUCGACACCGCUCUCGCGCGCUUCCACCGCUUUGGAAACAUCUCCCCGCGAUGCCAUUUCGGGUGUGACGCCCUCGAAACCGCACAUCACGUCUUCGUCAUAUGUCCGGUUUUCGCACCUCAUCGCGAACACGCUCGUACAGACACCCUCACUGAGACAUCGGGCAUUCUCACUACUGCCGCCGCCCCCGAUGACCUCUCAGUGCAAAUCCUCUCGUCUGCACGCAUAUUGUUCACUGACCAUGAUAUGUGGCCCCUAUAUCAUGCGAGAUAUUUUCUCGGUGUAUUACCGCCCUUACCAGAAGGCGAAACACUCCCGCGCCGCCGCCUUCUGCUCAGAAUCGCGCACUGUUGGCAUCGAGCAUGCAUCUUUCUCGCCGGCAGAAUCUGGGCUGAAUAUAAACGCAGGUUACAUCCUGAUCGUUCGACAACGGCUGCCUCUACCAUCGCGCUUCCCCCUCGCCUCCAUCAUCUCUUCGUUUAG